AUGCGUAGCGGAAAUCGCGCAGGAAUUACUUUAUUCGUUGCGUAUUUCUCUUUAUCGCAAUGCUCCGGCGAUAUAGAGCCGUUUGUGGUGGGCGGUGGUUUCGCGAACAUCGCGAAAUAUCCCCACUCCGUGUUCCUGACCAUAGACUGCGUGACGAACAGUUGGAUAUGCGGCUCGUCGAUAUUGAACCAGAGGAUACUUUUGUCAGCGGCCCACUGUCUCGUCGGCUGCAGGCGGAGCUGGGACAUAGAGGCCUUUGCUGGGCACGAAGACCUCACUAAGGUUAACGUUGUGAGAUCUGUUAUAAAAUUCGUACAACACGAAAAGUAUAAUGACAAAGUCAUGACGAAUGAUAUUGCACUGUUGGGCCUCGAUGGCAACUUGCCCUUGGGAAGAUAUAUUAAAAGAGUUAUUAUUAGAAGGUGGCAUUCUCCCGAUGCAGUUGCUAACGUCGCGGGGUGGGGCGUAGUUAAUCGUAUAACAAAUAAGGAUUCGAUGGUUUUGAAAACAGCGAGACAGCGCUUGAUGUCCCCACGCUCAUGCGCCAGGUAUGGGCGUUUGAGUUUCGGGAUGAUGUGCGCUCGAAGCCCGGAAAAGAAUACGAGUCCAGCGUCGGGUGAUUCGGGAAGUGCUCUAAUCACUGCAGACUCGCAACAAAUAGACUGUAAUGGCAAAUGGAUAUGCGGAUCAUCGGUUCUAAACCAAAAGAUACUCCUAACAGCCGCUCAUUGCCUUUUCGGCUGCGAGGUAAAAGGAAGAAUCGACGCAUUUGCGGGUCACGAAAAUAUAAGACAGGUGAAAGUGAAAAGGAAGGCACAAAAAAUAAUAAUCCACGAAAGGUACAACGACAAAACCAUCAUAAAUGACAUAGGGCUGAUACUUCUGCAAGGUAACUUACCAUUAGGUGAUAGCAUUAAGAGGGUCAUAAUUACAAAACAAGAUAAUACUGGUCUUCAAGGCGUGGUUGCUGGAUGGGGUGUAGUGAAUGACGGGACUAAACAGGGCACAGCGUUAUUGAAAUGGGCAAAACAAACAGUAAGAUCAAAGCAAACAUGUCUCAAACUGGGAAAUCUGUUGCCUGGGGUGAUGUGCGCGGGCAGCGUUUAUAGUAAAUAUGCAAGACCAAGUCAAGGAGACUCCGGCAGUGCGUUGAUUGCCCCAAAAUAUCGACAGAUCGGCAUAGUGUCAUUCAGAUAUUCAACAUACCCAGGACUUGUGAUUUACACCAACAUCUCUUAUCAUUUGGAAUGGAUAAAAAAAAAAUCUCGAGCGUUAUACUGUGGGAAGAAAAUG